CUGCUCCUUGCGCAAGCGCUGUUGCUAGAAUCAGUAAUUGUUCUCCAAGGAAGUUAUGUUAACUCUCGGUUGAAGCGAUAAGAACUUCCCGAGCGUCGUUGUUUCAACUAUUAUUGGAAUAUUUUUCCCUCGAAGGACGUUCUUCGAGGAGAGAGAGAGACGUGAUCUGCAGCAAAGGGGCGGGUGACGAAGUUACGUCGUCAUCGGGAGUGUCGCGCGGAGGCCCCAGUAGUCUCUCGACUCGACGUCGCCAUGAGCCGGUCGCCGUGGCUGGAGCUCGCGCUCUUGCUGGUCAGGGUGGCCGCGGAGAGACAGGUCGCCGACGGGGCCCGUGAGACGGCGGAAGCAAGGGUCUGGAACGCGAGGGUCGCCCCCCAGGUGCCAGGGGUCCUCGACCUGCAGGCCGCCGUGGAGAGACAUCCCUCGGCGACUUCACCGUCCGCUGACGUCCAAGACGUCCUCCGGGUGACGCACCAGGACCUCGGUGAGGUCGCCGAGGUCUUCUCGGAGGGCGGCAGCAGCAGCCGGGACGCGCCCGACGACGGCUCGGCGGCGCGGCGUGUCCGCGAGGCGCCCCUCGCCUCCAACAUCAACCUGAUGGUGGACACCCUCCUGGAGAGGUUGCGUCCCAGGAUGCCGUCCUCGGUCGAGCUCGACGACGUCGAAAAGCCGUUCAAGAAGAAGCUGCUCCUGCUGCCCGUCUUCGGGGUCCUGCGCGCCACCGGAGGCACCCUGGAGGACCUGCGGACGCUGCGGCGGACCUCGGACGUGAAGCUGAGCCUGACGGCGGACGGGGCUCGGCUGACGGGCGCCGCGGGGCUGUCGACGCUGCGCUUCGCCUACGACUACGAAGUGAGCUUGCUGGGAGCGGGACUCAGCGGCCGGAUCACAGGGUCCGUCGGCGACAACUCGGUCGGCUUCGCGCUCGCCGUCAGCUACGACGGCCGCGGCGGCUGCGCGGUGAGCGUGGAGGAGCUGCGCGUGCUGAGGCUGGACCAAGUCGAGGUCGAGGUCACCGGAGUCGGCGUCCUAAACUGGCUGGCGUCGACGAUAACCACGGCCGCGGUGAACGAAGCGAAAGACAAGAUCGGCGGUCACGUGGAGGCGGGUCUCGUCCGGGCCGUGGAGAGGGCGGUCAGCGAAAAUAACCUGUGCGACUUCCUCGGAGCGCGGUGAACAUUCCCACGGCGAUCAAACAUGCGGUGGUAACGAACUUCAUUUUAAAACAACUAGUAUACCUACACAGUGGCGUAGCCAGGAUUUGCGUAUGGGGGGGGGGUGUUAAGAAGCAUCCCCCCCCCCCCCCCGCCGUAUUAAAGCGUACAAUAGUGCUAUUUUAGCAGUUUUCGGUACUUAAAUUUAAAUAUUUUAAUGGUAAAAAUUUUAUUAAUUUUAAUAUGAAAUUUGUUUGAGUGAUGAAUAAGAAAUUAAUUAAAGAUUUGGUUCGAACCCCUAACCCCCCCCCCCCCCCCCCUCCUGGCUACGCCCCUCUACCUACAUGAAGUUUUGCAAAACAAGUAAAUUUUUUACUUGGCGAAAACAUACGAAUUUAUCUCAAUCAUUUAUAAUUUUAUUUCAAAUAAAUAAUAUAAUUUUCAUGAAAAAAUAUUUUUUCCACCGUCAAUAAACUAAAUUCAAAAAAUAUUAAGCUCUAUCACACUGGACAUACAAAUAAAAUUAUAAAGUUUAUUUUAGUUUAUUAAUAGUAAUAUUUUUUUUACAUAAGUUUGAAUUCCCUUAAUGUAACUCUGUUUGAUUUAUAAUUUUUUUUACACUUUCAAUUCUUUCUAAUGUAUUUAUAUGUACGAAUACUAACUUCGAAUAAUAACAUAUUAAACAAUAAAAA